CUGUAGAGCUCCCCUCCCGCCUCAUCAUCAUCAUCAGACACCUUGUAGACGAGAAGACAGGUAAAAUGCAGCUGAAUAACCGGACGAGGCUCACGAGUCUAAGGCUGACUGUAAUCAUCUAACACAAAGUUGAGAAGAAGAAGAAGAAGUAGAAGAAGAAGAAGAAGAAGAAGAAGCGCCAUGAAGAAACACCUGAGUCCUACUAAACAACAGCAGCAGCAGCAGCAGCAACCACCGGCUGAUGUCCCGGCGUCAGGCGGCGAGGUUACCGUGCAACAACUCAACGAUCUCCUGUCCAAUGGCAGCGGCUAUUACAGCCUACCGACACAACAUUUCAACGAGGUGUUCCCCAGAAUUUACAUCGGCAAUGCGUUCGUCGCCCAGAAUGCAAUGCGUCUGCAGAAACUCGGAGUGACGCACGUGCUCAACGUGGCGGAGGGAACCUCCUUCAUGCACGUCAACACGAGCAUGGAGUUCUACGCCGGAACGGGCAUCACGUACCACGGCAUCCAGGCCAACGACACAGAGCAGUUCAGCCUCAGUGCCUUCUUUGAGGAAGGGGCUGAUUUUAUCGACAAGGCCCUAGCACACAAUAACGGCAAAGGUGAGAAAGUUUACGUCCACUGCAGAGAAGGCUACAGCCGCUCCCCCACCAUGGUCGUCGCUUACCUCAUGCUGCGCCACAAAAUGGACGCCCGGGUCGCCGUGGCCACCGUGAGGCACAAGAGAGAGAUCGGCCCCAACGACGGCUUCCUUCGCCAACUGUGCCAACUGAACGAGAAGCUGGCCAAAGAGGGCAAACUGAACGGGGAGGUGGGCAAGCUAAAGACCAAAUGAAAAGCAGGGAGAGAGACCCUCUGCCCUCUUCUCCUCCCAUCAUGCCUUUUCACAGGUUUUCAGCUGCGCUCUCGGAGACUGACCUUCGCCCUGACCAAACCAGCACCCAUCUGACAACAGGGGUAUUCUGAGACACAAACAUACAUGCAUUUAUCUGUGUAGAUAAUCCUCCCUCAUGCAUACACUCGAUCUCACACACUCCGUUUGUUGUUCACGUCUGCCACUGCUGCCCUGUGAGGGGACGCCUGUCUGAGCGUGACCACACACACACACACUCUUACUUUUCCUGUUUCUAAACUCUACACCACACAGAUUCACGUGCAGACGCGUCGCUCCUUGUACCUGAAGGCUCGGCAUUUUUCGAUCAUGUUUUUUCGAGCUGAAAUACUGAAAGCAUUCCUUCAAUUUCCACAAGUCCGAAAAAAAGGUAAAAAAAACUCUGUCCUCAUUUUUAAGAUUAUAGCACAAUCACUCCAUAGUUUUCCACUGCCGGGAGUGUCGCUGAGAAAUUCAAAAAAUGAACUCUUAAGAUGCUAAAAGUCACACAUGAUGCAGAGAGAUUAAGUCAGCUAUGUUGGACACAGAAAGUGAAAACAGAUCGAUCCCAAACAUUCCAUGACGACAGGCGGGGAAAAAAACGCCAACUCGAUCCUCAAAAUCCCCCUCUCUCUCCUCCACCUGUAUGGGCAGAUAUUUGAUGCACAAAGACACAUUUUCACAAUCAAAUGCACGCUGUAGCUCUCUGUAGCAUUUCAGUCGGCAUCCUUGACUCUCCGGCGCGCUCUAGUUUGAUGGUAGGUAAGCAUUCAGAUGUUCGUCGUCGUGAGACACUGAGCAGCUGAAUCUCAGGCGGCAGCAAAAGGUCGAGCUUGUUAAAAAUAAUGAGCUAUACGUGGGUCGUUCAUGUAGCAGCUGAUAUGACGGAUGUUCAUUAGAGCUUUUUCUGAAGUGGCUCAUGAACUAACUGCCCCCCCCCCACCCCCACCUGCAUUAUAAAUAAUAAUGUUCUGCUAUGAUGAAUCAGCAGAUAAAGAAAUAGUUCAACAUUUGACAAAGGUUUAUCCUGAAGCAUAAGUUACCAUGGUGACCACAACCUGCUCAGGAGCAAGCUAUGUGUUCGGAGUAAGUUACCAUGGUGAUCUUAACCUGCCCUGGAGCAAGCUAUGUGUUCAGCAUUUGUUACCAUGGUGAUUAUAACCUGCCCUAGAGCAGGCUGUGUUUAGAGGAAGUUACCAUGGUGAUCUAUCCCUGUAGACACAUUCAUAGCACAGAGAACCCGAAGUUAACCUUGAAGUUACCCCGCUAACCGAAAAUCGCUUCGUGGUACAAGCCGCAGAGGUGUAAAGUAAACAAACUAAGAAAAAAUAAAACUGAAGGGUAGGUAAGGAGCUAAAGACCACUUUCUGUUGGAGAUAACCUUAUUUAUACAGAGUUUCUUCAAUUAAAGCAAAAAGAGAUUUGCUGUAAACCAUGAUUUAUUAUCAUUUAAAACUUUCCAGUAGGAGGAUAGAGGAGUUUUAAAUUCUACCACUGUCACACUGAACAGUCAAGGAUGCCACCCGCCUCCAGCAGAGUAAACCUCCAGUCAUCACACCAGAGAGUCGUCCACUGCCAAGUCCCCUGACACCGCCACUCGGGCCACAGUAUCCAGUUCCACUGUUUCAUCAACACAGUCUGUCAGAGGGUCCAUACACAACAUGUCAACAUGCCUCACUCCUCUUUAAGUGUGUGUGUCAUAACUGAACGCACACACUGGGUCAAAAUCACCAAGUCUCUUUUUUCCCAAAAGCAUUGCGAUAUAUGUCAAUACCCCAUCAGAUAUAUAGAAUGUAAUCACAUCUAAGUAUGAAUAUUCAGGCUGUAGUUGUUACAUAUACAGGUAGGCAACAAUACAUUUUAAUGACACUAUUUAUUACCAGGCAUAAUACUGUACACUAGGUUGUCUCACCUCAUUAAAGGCACUAUUUAUUCCUCCUUUGAUAUAUCUGUAUACAUAUGAAUAUAUACAUGUAUACUGUAUAUACAUAAGUGUUGACAUAUAUGAAUGUACGAGCAAUGUGUCUAUAACGUGUAGGUAUCGUCAGUAAGUCUUUAUAUAUCAUGUUAUAUUUGUGUAUGGCUUCCCAGAGAAGCUCCUCCAUACCUUGUUUUUUCAGUUAUUAACAUGUACAUUCAUAUUGAAAUAUAAUGUACAUGUGUAAAGUGUUGUGUGUAAUUGUGAUGUUUUCCGAUCACAAUUGUGGGAAAAGUUGCUGGGUUAUUUUAAAAGCUUAGCCGGGACACCGAGGCCUAAAUCAUUGUCGUAAUCAUGCAGUUUUUUUAUUUUUAUUUUAUUUUUUUAAGUUUCUGUGCCAAUGCUAGUUUGUUCAUAAGACACGGGCGAGGUGCAGGUGGCAGCAUAAGAUUGUCAUUGGUUUAUCCUGCGUACAUGUCAUCAUGCUCAUCCCAUCGGAAAACAUUUACAGCUUUUGUUUCCCUGCACAGGCGUUUCUGU